AAACCAUUCGACCGGCUUUAUCAUUCCCACAUGUUAUAAUAACGAACGAACUACCCUUUCUCGAAUUAUACCCUCCCCUCCCUCUCGAAGAACCCCACACGCAAGAUGUCCGGCAUCGACUCCCCCGAAGUCCUAGCAGCAUACGACGCUGUACGCUCGGACAAGGACGCGACAAACUGGCUACUACUAUCAUACGCUAGUGCCGUAGGCGACAAGUUGGUGCUCUCGGGAACCGGCAGCGGGGGACUAUCGGAGGUGGUAUCGAAGCUAGACGACUCUCAGGUCAAUUACGCGUACGUACGAGUCGAAUACAAUAACGACUCGGAGAGCAAGCGUGUCAAGUUCGUGCUCAUCGUAUGGAUCGGAGAGGGCGUCAAGGUGAUGCGCAAAGCUCGCGUGUCCAUAGAGAGCUCACACGUGAAGAAGGUGCUGGCGCAUCAUUCUAUAACAGUCGACGCUCGUGAUCGAGGCGACCUUGACGAGAAGGACAUCGUGACUAGGUUACGGAGAGCCGGCGGUGCUGAUUACAACGGCGGAAGGGGCUAAGAGACAUUAGACAGACGUUUGGAGACGAUCAUAUACGGAGUUAAGGGGUUGAGCGAAUAGACGAUGUUAGGGGAU